UCUUUGGAAAUGCUCUGUAAACUGACAAGACGUCUUGCUAUACCUUUAGCUUAGUAACUAGUCUGACUGAUAUGCUUUGUAACUGGACUAGCUUUGGAACAUUUGCCCUCUGAGUUCUUUGGAGUCAUUUAGAAUAAAAGUGGAUAAACCUGCUUUUGCACUGGGGAUUUGUACUUAAAAAAAAAAACAAACAAAAAAAACUGCUGUAUAAUUUUUUUUUCGGAAAGCUUAGAAAUGUAUUCUGGAAGGAAUCAGAGGACUCUGGCUGUUAUUUGCACCGUAUUGAUGUUUGUUGUAUGCCCAGCUGAAGGAGAGGCGUCCAGAGGCUGUUCCCAUCCCUGCUCCUGCCCCCCGUCUCCACCCUCCUGUCCGCUCGGAGUGAGCUGGGUGCUGGAUGAGUGCGGCUGCUGUAAGGUGUGCGCCCAGCAGUUCAACCAGGACUGUGGCCCUGACCGACCCUGUGACCACAUCAAGGGCCUGCGCUGCCACCUAGGGGCCGGAGGGGACCCUCGACGUGGUCUCUGCAGAGCUGAGGCUCAGGGCCGUCCGUGUGAGUUUGCUGGUCGUGUGUAUCAGCACGGAGAGGAUUUCCAGCCCAGCUGUCAGCACCAGUGUAGCUGUAUGGAUGGUGUGGUGGGCUGCAUGCCGCUGUGUCCACACAACAUCCCUCUGCCCCGCAGACACUGCACCAACCCUCGUCUGGAGACGCCGGCAGGACGCUGCUGUGAGGAGUGGCUGUGUGACGAUGAUAACAGCAUCAGGGAAGACCCACCGGAUCCCCGUCCCCAUCACACCCCAUCCAACCACAUUAGCAAACUCAUACAGAGCCCUAACAGCAUCCUGUCCAGGAGAGGCUCCUUUCAAGAGUGGGUGUCCAUGCCUGUGUCUCGGGUUCCCAUCCUAUCAUCCGAAUGUUUCCCACAGACCACUGACUGGUCCGAAUGUUCUGCUUCCUGCGGGUUUGGCAUCUCGAGUCGUGUGACUAAUAGUAAUGCACAGUGCAAGCUUGUUAGAGAGACUCGCCUUUGCCAGAUCAGAGAAUGUGACAUGACUCCAGCUGUGAAGAAAGGAAAGAAGUGCAGGCAAACAGUGAGGUCUCGGGAACCGGAGCAGAUCACGUUUGACGGCUGCUCUACGGCUUGCCGCUACCGGCCUCGCACCUGUGGCUCGUGUGUGGAUGGCAGGUGCUGUCAGCCGUCCUCGUCCCGCACGGUGCGCCUGCGCUUCCGCUGCCCAGACGGGGAGAACAUCACGCGUAACAUCAUGUGGAUCCAGCGCUGCCGCUGCAGCAAGAGAUUCUGCGGGGUUCAGAGAGAGCGAUCCUCACCCGCUGUCAGCCUUCACAACGACAUACACACCUUCUCUCACUGAACACACACAACAUGCCAUCACUCCAUAAUGGCUAAAACUCACUUUUCACACUUAAAGGACGUUGCUGUUUCAGGCCAGUCUCCUGAACUAGAGAAUGGUAAACUGUUCUAGACUUGUAUAUAGUUUUUGCACUUUAAGUGUUUCUCCUUCGCUUUGACCUGCUCUGAAUCACAUGAAAACAUGUCCAGGUCACAUUUCUUGAGGAUUUGUGAGAAGGCACAGCUCAUGUUUCUACUUUUAUUUAUUCUGUUAUUUUUAGAUUUGAAAUAUUUUAUAGUGUCUUUAAGGAUAAGUGAUGAUAUAUUUGGUCUCAGAUGAAUGACGUCCUGUCUCUCGAUGGGUAAAUGCACUAAUGAGGGCAAUGAGAUUAGAUGUUAUGUAGGCCUAUAUCAUUGUGUUACUCGAUCUAGGGAUAAAAUGAAGACUUUUAAAAAUGUUUUUGUCUUUUAAACUAAUAUAUUUUCAUACUGCAGAGUUUUUACUCGUAUAUUGAUAGGUGUACAGAUGUAUUUCGCAAUUUUCAUGAGUUAAUGUGUGGAGAAAAGCAGGAUGGAGAUGUGUUUUAGCACAGAUGUGUGUAACUUGCUUCGUCUUGUGUACAGUGUACAGGCUUCACUAAAGGUGGAGUGACUCUUUGAGACUGCUUCAUUGUUUGGGGCAUGCUUUAAAUUCUAGACGCUCUCUGGUAUAGGAGUGAAUGACUAUUUGUAUAGUUAAGAUGUUGAAUAUAAAUGACUUUGCUGAUCAGUUUGUGUCACAAAAAAAUCAAUUUCCAGGAA